AACCAGAAUCAAUAUACAAAGAAGCUGAUAAGAACAACCUCCAAGACCAACCAAGAGAGUUUUACAUUCAACACUCACCUUGAGUUAAGAACAACAUGCAAAUUCUUGUUCUUUCUGUCUGAUUCUGAUCACUAUUACCAGCUGCAACCACUGGUCAAUCUUGUUUUGCUUGUUGAAUUGCUGUCAAUUUGGUUGCUCUUUGAACUCUGAGAUAGGAAUGGGAAUAUAUCUCAGCACUCCCAAGACAGAAAAGUUUUCUGAAGAUGGUGAAAAUGACCGCCUUAGAUAUGGUUUAUCAUCUAUGCAAGGGUGGCGUGCAACUAUGGAAGAUGCUCAUGCUGCAUAUACUGAUCUGGAUGAGUCCACUUCGUUUUUUGGUGUUUAUGAUGGUCAUGGAGGUAAGGUGGUUGCAAAAUUUUGUGCCAAGUUUCUUCACCAACAGAUGCUCAAAAGUAAAGCAUACUUAGCUGGAGACAUAGGAACCUCUCUGCAGAAAGCUUUUUUAAGGAUGGACGAGAUGAUGCGUGGUCAAAAGGGAUGGAGGGAACUAUCAAUUUUGGGGGAUAAGAUAAACAAGUUUACUGGAAUGAUAGAAGGGUUGAUUUUGUCCCCACGAACCGGUGAUGGUGAUAUCCAAGUUGAUGAUUGGGUUUCUGAGGAGGGGACUCACUCUGAUUUUUCUGGACCAACAUCUGGAAGCACCGCGUGUGUUGCAGUUAUUAGAAACAAACAACUUGUUGUUGCAAAUGCUGGUGAUUCACGUUGUGUAAUAUCUAGGAAUGGUCAGGCAUACAAUUUGUCUAGAGACCACAAACCUGAUCUUGAGAUUGAGAAUGAAAGAAUCUUAAAAGCUGGGGGCUUUAUUCAUGCAGGACGAGUUAAUGGCAGUUUAAAUCUUGCAAGAGCUAUUGGUGACAUGGAAUUUAAACAAAACAAAUUUCUUCCUGCUGAAAAGCAAAUUGUGACUGCCAAUCCAGAUAUAAACACUGUCGAACUUUGUGAUGAAGAUGAAUUUUUGGUGCUAGCUUGUGAUGGCAUAUGGGAUUGCAUGUCAAGUCAGCAGUUGGUAGAAUUUGUUCAUGAACAAUUGCGCUCGGAAACGAAACUUUCAGCAGUGUGUGAAAGAGUGCUUGACCGGUGUUUAGCACCAUCAACUGCUACUGGCGAGGGAUGUGAUAACAUGACCAUGAUCUUGGUGCAGUUCAAAAGACCACAGUCCAGUGCACCAGCACAAGAGCAAUCCUCAUCACCUGAAUCUGAACCAAAACCAGAAAGAAGUUCAAUUUAAUGUGCACUCCGCAGCAACAGUGAAAAUAUGUAUCUUACAUAUACGUAUACACAUACAUAUGUAUAAUGUGCACCACUCAGUGCUUAUAAUACAUCUAAAUGGCCAUUUUCCGUUCA